AUGGUCCUUUUCCGUUCCCUAGCGGCCGCCUCUUUGGCCUCAAUUGCGCUCGGUUCGCCGCUCCAGCUUCAGGCCAGACAGAACGCGUCGAGCCCUUGUGCGCAAGUGAGCGCGUCUGUGGCAACACAGACUAGCGCUGCCACGCCCACUGUUCCCGCAAAGCUCGCGUACGAUUGUAUUACCAGCGUGCCGUUCAACAAGAGUGCGGCUUUGGCUCUGUUGGAUGGCGUUGCGCCCUACUUUCGCUGGCAGUCGAACACCGUGUGGUUGAAAGACCCGCCGGAAGAGUACGCGGAGAAAGUCCAGCCUCCGGUUGAUAUCUGGGGUGGGCUGGAGGACAUCAGGGCCAAGGCGGAGGGUGAUGAAUUUGACAACGAAUUUGCCUUCGGUUUCGAGCUUUACACCCUGCUCCAAAGCACCCACGACGGCCACUUUGUCUUCAUACCUGAUUCGGUUGGGACGGUCUUCAAUUGGGCGCGGCCAGUACCCCUCGUCUCCGUCUCGGAAGAUGGCAAGGAAUUGCCCAAGCCUUUUGUGUAUGCCGAUGUUUUGGCUGAAUCCUUCGGCAAUUCGUCCUUCGCUCCUUCGGCCAUCGCCAAGAUCAAUGGCGUGGACGCCUUGGAGUUCCUGGAGGAUUUCGCCCAGAAAGGUUCCCUGCAGGAUCGCGAUGCUCUGUACAACAAUGUGUUCUAUGAGCUUGCUGUUGUGUCCUUGGGUCCUACUGGAUCUGGCGUUGGAACCUUUGCUGGAAGUGGACGAGGCCGAUGGCAAUAUCCAGGCCCGACGACUGAACUCGAAUUCGAAAACGGUACCUCCGUUACUUACAACAAUUACGCUACCGUUCUGAUUCCCUUCGACGGCAUUACGGACGGAGAGUCUUUAUACCAGAAAUGGUUUACUGGCCCGCAGCCAACGGAGACCACAGCAGAAACUCCCUCUAAUUCCUCCACGCCGACCCCCUCUGCCACCCCGUCCGCGACUUCCAUUCCAGCCCCAGGCUACCCUCCACCAGUCUACCGCGAAGAGCAUAACUUGAUCGGCGGCUAUUAUCUCGAAGACGACUACUCAGACAUUGCCGUCCUUUCCGUUCCGUCUUUCGUCUCACUCGAAUCCGCCGAGAUCCCCUUCCAGCAAGCCGCCGGGAAGAAGAAGCUCGUUAUUGACGUGUCAGCUAAUGGAGGAGGCACUAUCCUCCAGGGGUACGAUCUCUAUAAGCAGCUCUUCCCUCAGGGCAUCGGCCACGCAGCUGCGGACCGCUUCCGCGCCUUCGAAAGCACCGAUCUUAUAGGCCAAUACUUCUCUGCCACAUCCGAGAAACUCCCGCGCGUCUACUUCGAGGACCCUUCCAUAAAUGAGACGCUGUAUGAGCUCGAAUAUGAUGUCGUUUCCUCCGUGUUCAACUACCAAACCGACACCGACGUCAACGGCGAGAAUUUCCCCAACUGGCCCGCCAAAUUCGGCCCACAAGAGCAAAAGGGCGAUAACUUCACUAAUCUGUUCAGAUGGAACUUGUCUGAUGUCCUGACUCCUUGGAACUCAGGAGGUAUCUACAUCCACGGCUACGGAAACCUCACAAACUACACGCAGCCCUUCGCAGCCGAGGACAUCGUCGUCGUAACAGACGGCUACUGCGCAUCCACCUGCACCAUCUUCUCCGAGCUCAUGCGCCAGCGCGCAGGUGUGAAGUAUAUCUCUCUCGGCGGCCGCUCCAAGGAGGGUAUCACCCAAGCCAUCGGCGGCGUAAAGGGCACCAACAACUUCCCCUGGGACUACAUUCAAGCGCUCGCGCAAUUCACCAUUACCAACCUGACCUCCUCCACCGAAGAAGCCGCCCAGCUCAACACUACCGAGCUUGGCCAAUACUGGGACAGCGUCGUCUUCGACCGUAUGGCCGCCAACACCGCCAUCAACGUCAACUUCCGCGACGGCAUCCGCGAUGGCGACGAGAGCCAAACGCCGCUGCAGUUCGUGUACGAGCCGGCCGACUGCAGGAUCCUGUACACGAAGGAGAUGACGGUCGAUGUGACGGCGAUCUGGAAGGCGGUUGCGGAUUCGGCGUGGGGUGGGGAGAGCCAUUGUGUUGCGGGCGAUCUGGGUGGAUAUGGGAAGAGGAGGGUGAAGCGGGAGAUGAGCGUUGAGGAGAGGGUGUUGAGCAGGAGGAUGCAUCAGUGGAGGAGGGAUUUGAGUGCGCAGGAUUAUCCGUUGGAUGUAUAUACGGAUUUGAGGGGCGCGAAUCUGGAUAUGAACGGGAUUAUGUGGCCGUGA